AUGGUUUCUAUAGUCGACAGGCUGUGCUCCGUGGUCAUGUCGGUGAUAAUCCCGAGUGUAACGCUUCGGAAUGGAGCCAAAAUGCCCAUGAUUGGACUGGGAACAUGGCUUUCGAACCACGUUGACGUGCGUUCUGCCGUUGAAUCUGCUUUGGAAGCCGGCUACAGACACAUUGAUACUGCGUACGCGUAG